AUGGUCAACUCCUGUUGUGGCUCCGUCUGCUCUGACCAGGGCUGUGGCCAAGGCCUCUGCGAGGAGAGCUGCUGCCGCCCCAGCUGCUGCCAGACCACCUGCUGCAGGACCACCUGCUGCCGCCCCAGCUGCUGUGUGUCCAGCUGCUGCCGCCCCUCCUGCUGUGUGUCCAGCUGCUGCCGCCCCAGCUGCUGUGGGUCCAGCUGCUGCCGCCCCUCCUGCUGUGUGUCCAGCUGCUGCCGCCCCAGCUGCUGUGGGUCCAGCUGCUGUGGUUCCAGCUGCUGCCGCCCCAGCUGCUGUGUGUCCAGCUGCUGCAGGCCCAGCUGCUGUGUAUCUAGUUGUUGCAGACCCUGGUGCUGCCAGCCUACCUGCUGCAGGCCCAGCUGCUGUGUGUCCAGCUGUUGUCGCCCAAUCUGCUGUGUGUCCAGCUGUUGCCGCCCCUCUUGCUGCCAGACCACCUGCUGUCGAACAACCUGCUGCCGCCCCAGCUGUUGUGGCUCUUGCUGCUGA